AUCGUUUCACAUCGAAACCACAUUCUAUUCUUCUUGGUCUUGACUUUGCUCUCUCUCUCUCUCUCGGAAUUUUGGGUCUACUCUAAUCAUCCUCAUCUCUCCACUCCUUAACCUUCAGAUCAGAUGGCUGUACUAACUGCUGAAGGGUUCUCUUUUUGCUAGGUCUGAGCAUCUAAGUUUGAAGAGUUGCGCGUGCUCUUGUUACCCUUUUUCUUCAGCCAAGUUUCAUGUCUGAUCUCGACCUCCAAGUUCCUAAUGCUUUUGAUCCCUUUGCUGAGGCAAAUGCUGAUAACUCUGGUGCGGGGACAAAAGAUUAUGUGCACAUCCGUAUACAACAAAGGAACGGUAGGAAAAGCCUGACAACUGUGCAGGGUUUGAAGAAAGAAUUCAGCUACAAUAAAAUUCUGAAGGAUCUCAAGAAAGAAUUUUGCUGCAACGGCACUGUUGUCCAGGAUCCAGAAUUGGGGCAGGUUAUUCAACUUCAGGGUGAUCAGCGAAAGAAUGUUUCAACAUUUCUUGUCCAGGUUGGAAUAGUGAAGAAAGAGCACAUCAAGAUUCAUGGUUUCUGAUUGCCAUCAUCAAUCACUGCGCAGUUACUAUACUUGUGUUUGUUCCAAAUAAUGCCUGCUAUGAACUAAGUUGUUGUAAACAGUAAACUUGCUAAUGUUGGCUUUCUGCUGGUUUGAUUUAAGUAAUGUAUUUGUUCUUGCUUUUCUGCAUAAUGGUUCUGUGUUAUGCUUAUAUGUUUAUGCUAUAUUUUCAAGCCAGAGGGGGAUUUGAUCCCUCGACCUGGUUAAUGAA